GCAUAAGAUUGUUCGUCAUGAUGUAGGAAAGAAUUAUGCUAUAGGCGAUACAGAAUCAGAAAACUCUGAUCCUGAAGAUGAGCACAACUCAGAGCUAGAAUCUGAGUCUACAGAAAAUGAUGAAAUAUCUGAUAUUAUCAAUAUGGAAAUGGCAAUGGCCGUUGUUAAGUCUGAAGCUCAGACAUACGCAUUCACAUGA